AUGUCACCACCUUCGAACCCACCGCCAAUACUACCUCCUAUCGUCACACUAUCAUCCCUGUCUCAGGCUGUUGACGCAGCGGAUUCGCCGUCGACAGUCGCCACAGUUACUCCUGCGACAGCUGACAUACUCUCACCGUUAAACCACACCUCGGCCCAGCGCGACUAUUUCGGGAACGGGUGGGGCUCUCGCUCUCCUACGAAACCGAUGGUGGGAAUGAAGCGGCCGGCGCCCUCGCAUUCUCCUAGAGCCAACAAACCCUCGCCAAUAAUCAUCGAUAAUUCCACAAGCCCUGGAUCGCCUGGCCCUCCCGAAUCCGUCUACUCUCCACGCACUGCAUCUCGGCUCAAGCAUGCGUCUCGUCGAAUCUCGCAAAAUGGGCAUCAUCGGCAUAGAGACGACAGUAACAAGGGUAGUGGCACCACCGAGGGGGAGAGUUCAGCCUCUGACAACCGUGCUCGGGCUGAUAGAGUGCAAAAGCGCAAGGCGCCUUCGCAGAAGGCCAUGUUGUCUAAAGCUUUGCAAAAGGCACACCAUGCAGUCACCCUCGAUCAGCACUCAAAUUUCGAAGGAGCCAUGAAUGCGUACCAAGAUGCUUGUGCUUUGCUACAAAAGGUGAUGAUCAGAAGCUCGGGCCUUGAAGAUCGGCAGAAGCUGGAUGCUGUUCGCAAUACGUAUGAAGCACGUAUCGCUGAGCUACGGGGCACUGACGCAGCGUAUCGCACUGCAGAUGGCAAAACUCUGCCACAGCGUCCUCCGGAAAGAGACUCGAAAGACUCCGAGCGGUUGUCAGUAGUCACGGACACUGACGAUGGAGAGACAACCUUGGGAACAUCAACGGUAGCACCUCUCGGCAACGAAGAGAAACGCAGGGAAAAGUUACCGCAUCUUGGCCAAUUGGCCAACAUACCCCCAAGACGACAGUCAUUACAGACAACCGCCUACAUGGUAGAGGGCAGAGAUAUUCAGACUUCGAGUCGAAUGCAGGACCAGCGACCGCUACGAGCAAGAUAUGUAGGCCAGGAGACCAUCGACGAGACUCACUUAGAUUCUGGUACAGCAGUUUACCAAGAGUAUAUGCCGCCUCCCCUGUCGCCGCGACGUCCUCUAUCGCCAGCUCCUGUAAAAGGGAAUACUACGCAGUCAUCUACAGAUGUAUCAGCGCAAUCUGCACCAGACGAGGAUUCUAAUCCGUCAGACUCUAUUCGCCAGGAUAAUGGAGAACAUACGUCUUGGCUUAACACCAUCAACGAAUCGAGCGGCUCUUCAGCUUCAUCUGUGCAUUCGCGGAGGUCAUCCGUAGGUCUCAGGAGAAAGCACAUACGACCCGCAAGCGGUCAAACGGAGGCAGAAUUUGAUGCAGCCCUCGAUGCAGCAGUGGAGGCAGCCUACGACGAUGGAUUUGAGCCCGAUGAUGAGGGAGACUAUGACGAGCAGCUGAUGAACGAUCCUGAGUACCCUUUUGAAGAAUCCGGAGCCCUGUCUCAUGCGACUAGAAACGUUGAGCUAGCCAAAGAGGAUGUCCGUGAAGCUGAACGAGAGGCUGCGAUUUCCCGAGCCAAAGAGAGAGAAAAAGAACGACUUCAGACCGCGAGAGACAGCAUUGAGUUGGAGUACAACGACGAAGAAGCUGAUGAGGAAGAGCGGAUGCUGGAAGAAAUGACCAGGGACUACAUCAUGGAUGAUGAAUAUGACCUUCAGACUAAGUCCGCUCUUCCACGUCAAUCAGACUCCAGCGGGUUUUCUGGGAGGACAUUGGUUAGUUCGUUUGGCUCGAACCCAACGUCAGCGGGAAUCUCACUGUCAACCGUUGCUGAAGCUUCUAUACUGCCAUCGAUGGCGGCGCAGCUAAAAGAGAAUCCAUUGCCGCCGCCACUGCACCCUCCACCCUCGAGUGCUCUUCCGCCUCCUCCAUCGUCGGCAUCCUCCAAAAUCUUUCAGCAACAGAACGGUACCACGAUAAGACCUCCAAGUUUAGUCUCCAGGAACACAAGUCCAGGCGUCCAAGAUCGCAGGCUGUCGGGCAUGAAACGGAAGCCGCUGAAGAUUGAGACGCACGCGAAACACUCAGACACGUCUGAAUCUGACGCCCCUAGGACGCAGCCGGCCUCCUCUGCACCUCGAAUGAUUCCCACUCCAGCAGUAGCCGAGUCACCAAGAUCCGCGCUCCUCGUGCCAGAAUCCCAGCAGCUUUUGCCAAGCCUUGCUUUCAACCCAGUGCCAUCUUCGGCAACACUACCAAGCAGCCGCAAAGGCUCAUCGCCGUUUCCUGGAUCCGAUACCACUGAUCAGACUACAUCUACUGCUUCUGCUCUAACCAGAGUGACCUCAGCAGAUAGCGAUAACAGUGUAACAUCAAUGCCGGCAUCACCUGCCCGUUUCGCUAGCAAAGCUGCAAUAGGGCUGAGAAAGAACUUCUCCUCGUCCAGUCUACGAAACAAAAACUUGAGUGUCGUUGUUCCAGAGACACAUGACGCAUCAUCGAACGCUUCUCUUAGUAGUAUGUCGUCGACGCCAAAGCAACAAAGAGUCCCUUCACCAGCCGUGCCUGUUUUACCAACACCCAUGGAGGCGAGUUUUAUCAUCAAAGGGCAACCGAUGAGUGGCCCAUACCUUUUCGACAAUGAUAUCCACUCUCCCGACACACCCGGCUCUCCGAAUCCUUCCGCCAAUCAUGCUCCUCUACCACUUGAGCCUUGUCCUGAGUCAGCGUUACUCCGACCAUUCUGGUUUCUCCGCUCCAUCUACCAGACGAUUGCUCACCCGAGAGGCGGUUACAUUUCUACCAAGCUUUUCGUCCCUCGAGACAUAUGGAGGGUCAAGAACAUCAAGCUGAAGAAUGUGGAGGAGAAGGUUUCAAACUGCGAUUUUUUGACUGCUGCAUUACUCAAGCUUGGGAAGGUCGACAAUUUGGAUGCGAAUGCUGUGAAGGAUGAGAUGGAGAUCUUCGAGACUGUUAUGGAACAAGUCCAUGCCAAUCUAUCCAAGAAGCUUGGUAGCGAUGUUGGAGUGCAAGGCGCGGCUCAGCUAUUCAAAUUCUUUGGGGCUGGAGAUGAGACAACCUAUCCAGAGGCAUUGGCAUCUAAGACUACAAACGCCAGCAGCAAAAAUUACCUGUCAUGGCGAAAAUUGCGAAACAAAAAUUCUUUGGGUCCAGGUCUGCCAUCGGUGAGCUCGAACAACGUGACUAGGGACGGUAAUAAGGAAGCCCCAACGUUAAGGUCCAUACCUAUGACUUCGGCACCAAAUCCGAGGUUCCCCAAGCGUGAUGUCAACCAAGUCCAGUGUGUGGGUCCAAACCCAAGCUACAUGGGUGCGCUUGCGAGGCUAUGCGAUGCUGCACAGGUUCUGGAUCAAAUCAUCCGUCAAGUGGAGGAUCCAGGACUAAAGCAUUCCUCGCAAACCCAUAUUGGGCUCGAAUUGAGCGCGCGACACGCCGCAGAAUUCUUUGGCUUCAUCGUGUGCAGGUUCAUCUUGACAGACAUCGGCAUCAUGCUGGAUAAAUUCAUCAAGAGAGGGAGCGAGUGGGUGCUGGCGUGA